GGAAAAAUGGAUCCCUUGUUUUGGCCAUCAGAAGCUAACAGCUUUCGACGUUUCACCCCUGAGUCCUUGGCAGCAAUAGAGGAAAGAAUUGCUCAGAAGAAAAAGCAGCAAGGCAAAGUCAAACAGAAGAAUAAGGACCAAGAUGCUGGAGAAGAAAAACUUACUCCUCAGCUUGAUCUGAAAACCUGCAAGAAGCUGCCAUCUCUGUAUGGGGAUGUUCCUGUGGAGCUCGUUGGGGAACCCCUUGAGGAUUUUGAUCCAUACUACAGUGAUCACAAGACUUUUAUGGUGGUAAAUAAGAGGAGGACUAUUUUCCGUUUUACUGCCACUCCUGCCUUGGGUAUAAUUGGUCCCUUUAAUCCAAUCAGAAAAGCAGCAAUUAAAAUUCUGAUCCAUUCAUUGUUUGUUGGCUUUAUUACAUGUACUGUGGUACUCAAUUGUGCUUUCAUAGCUAUAGAUAAGCUUCCAGAGUCACUCAACGUCACUGAGUACAUUUUUACUGGCAUAUACACGGCGGAAAUAUUGAUAAAAGUAGUAGCAAGAGGAUUUGUUUGGAAUGAAUUCACUUUUCUUCGUGAUCCGUGGAACUGUGUGGAUCUCGUCGUUAUUGUUAUAAUGUAUGCUACUAUGUGUAAACCUACAGGCAAGGUUUCAGCUCUUAGAACUUUCAGAGUAUUGAGGACUUUGAAAGCUAUUUCAGUAAUACCAGGCCUGAAAGUCAUCGUCAAUUCACUUGUUGAAUCUGUUAAGAAACUGACAGAUGUGUUGCUCUUGACUGUUUUUUGCUUGAGUGUAUUUGCUCUAAUAGGCCUCCAGCUUUUUAUGGGCAACUUAAAAUCCAAAUGUGUCCGCAAUGAUACUAUAUAUAAUGACACAAUAUGUAAGGAUGCCAAGACAUACAAUCAAAAUGAUUAUGGUAAAUUUUAUUCUUUUCUCCCUUUACAUCAUCUGUAUAUCUGCUACAGAAUGAAUGGAUCUUCUGAAAUACUGCUCUGCGGGUUCAGUUCACAACCUGAGAAAGAGUGCCCAGAAAACUAUAGCUGCAUGAAGGUUGGUAAGAAUCCUGACUUUGGUUACACAAGUUUUGAUCAUUUUGGCUGGGCCUUCCUUUCUUUAUUCCGUCUGAUGACACAGGAUUGCUGGGAGCGCCUCUACAGACAAACUAUCCGUACAUCUGGAAAAAACUCCAUUUUAUUUUUCCUGGGGGUCAUCUUUUUAUGCUCAUUUUAUCUCUUCAAUCUAAUCCUGGCUGUUGUAACUAUGGCAUAUGAAGAGCAAAGCAGAGCUACUCUUGCUGAAACAGAGGCAAAGGAAAAGUUACUUCAGGAUGCCAAACAGCUUCUAGAGAAAGAAAAGAUGUUGGCUGCAGGAGAAGGUAAUGAGGCUUUAGAGGUCAGAUCUGAAAUGCCAGUUGCUGAAAAUACAGAAGAAAAAGAGAUGAAGAAAGACAGACCUAUUUUAAGGCAAAACUUAAUCCUAGGUGAUCAUGACAAAGAUGAAGCUAUGUUUAAGUCACAGCCUGGUCGCUGUCACAAGAAGCUUAGGCAGAUACUGCUGUCCUAUGAAUUGUCAGUGGAGUCCAUUAAUGAUCCUCUUCGAAGACACAGGUUAAUGAGUGCAGCCACUGUUAUUACCGAUAAUAUGCAACUGCAGGAGUCAAAACUGAAAUGCCCCGCAUUCUGCAAACGUUUUGCUCAAAAGUAUCUGAUUUGGAAUUGUUGUCCAUUCUGGCUAACAGUCAAAGAGAAGGUGAAACGGGUAAUUUUGGAUCCAUUUGCUGAUCUCUUAAUCACGAUUUGCAUUAUCGUGAACACUUUUUUCAUGGCCCUGGAGUACCCUGAUAUGGAAUCCCAUUACCAAGACAUGAUUUUUUUUAGUGACAAGGUCUUCACCCUGAUUUUUACAGCAGAAAUGAUCUUGAAAAUCAUCGCCCUAGAUCCUUACAACUAUUUCCAGCAAAAGUGGAAUAUUUUUGACAGCAUAGUUGUUAUGAUUGGUCUAAUAAACUUUAACGCAAAUCUGUCAUAUUUCAGGCUGCUCAGGAUCUUCAAAUUGGCAAAGUCCUGGCCGGCCUUAAAUACUCUUAUGAAAAUAAUUCUGAACUCAGUUGGUGCUCUGGGUAACCUCACUCUGGUUUUGAUUAUCACUGUAUUUAUUUUUGCUGUAGUAGGAAAGCAGGUUUUGGGCAAAUAUUAUGACGUAAAUUACCGUAAAAUAAGCACAAACCCGAAUUUACGCUGGCACAUGAAGGAUUUUUGUCAUUCAUUCCUGAUUAUAUUCCGAAUAUUAUGUGGAGAAUGGAUUGAAACCAUGUGGGAAUGUAUGGAAGUGGCUGAAAAAGAACUGUGUCUACCCAUUUUCUUGUUAGUCCUGGUGAUAGGAAACCUGGUGGUGCUCAACCUCUUCAUUGCCUUGCUGCUGAGUUCAUUUGGUACUGACUCCUCAGUGGGACAAGUGGAAACAGGACAAAUGACUAAAUGUCAGAUUGCAAUUGCACAGAUUCACAAGGGCCUGCAGUCUGUGAAAGACAGAAUUUGUGAUGGCUGUGGCAAAAUAAUGAAACGAAGCCUCAGAACAACAGCCAAAAAGAAGGCUUCAGUGAGAUUUUCUGCCAAAGACAAAGAUGAAAACAGCUAUGCCAUGACAGAUGUCAGAAAGGAUAUAGACAACUGUUGCUUUGACACUGGGUAUGACAAUAGUGAAGAGAGUUCCUCAAUAACAAAGAAAAAUGGAGAAUUUGUAACCAGUCAUAAAGCCUGUGUUCCCAUUGAAGUAGCAGAGAGUUACACCAAUGUAGGUGAUGAUGGACACAGUGUAUGCACAGAAACAGAAUACAGAAAACAGAAAUGUGAUGCUGGUAGCUAUUCUGAUACCAGCACUGUGGAUCCAAUUGUUGUUCUGGAGAUGUUUUCCCAGCCUAAAAAGUCACACACACCCAAGGACUGCUUUGGAGAAAGUUGUGUUGAAUGUUGCUCGUGUUGCGCAGUGGAUGUCACUAAGUUUCCAGGCAAAACUUGGUGGAAAUUUAGAAAAACCUGCUACAAAAUUGUUAAACAUAGCUGGUUUGAAAAUUUUAUAAUUUUUAUGAUUGUAUUGAGCAGCGCAGCACUGGCAUUUGAAGAUAUUCACCUGCAGGAGAGAAAAAAAGUUAAAAUGCUCCUAGAAUAUGCUGAUAAAGUAUUUACCUACAUCUUUUUCUUGGAGAUGCUUCUAAAAUGGGUAGCUUAUGGUUUGCACAGUUAUUUCACAAACGCCUGGUGUUGGCUUGACUUCAUCAUUGUAUGUGUAAGUAUUAUAUAUAUAUAUAUAUAUAUAUAAAAAAUAUAUAUUCAGCUUAGUGCCCUGAAAUCCCUCAGGACUCUUAGAGCAUUGAGGCCUCUACGAGCUUUGUCAAGAUUUGAAGGGAUAAAGGUCGUUGUGGAUGCAAUCUUGGGAGCCAUCCCCUCAAUCUUGAAUGUUUUGCUCGUCUGUGUUGUGUUCUGGCUCCUGUUUAACAUUGCAGGAGUAAAAUUCUUUGGGAAAACAUUUUACAAAUGCACCCUCACGGAAGGAGAUGUCAGUAACAUUAGUAACGUGACUGAUUGUAAUUCCUCUGGUGGAACGUGGACAAAUAGUGAUGUCAACUUUGACAAUGUUGGGAUGGGCUACUUGGCUCUUCUCCAAGUGGCAACUUUCAAAGGUUGGAUGGAUAUUAUGUAUGCAGCAGUGGAUUCACGUGGGGUAAAUCUACAGCCAAAGUUUGAAGCAUGCUUAGUCAUGUAUAUGUAUUUUGUGAUUUUCAUUAUUUUUGGAUCUUUCUUCAUGCUGAACCUUUUCAUUGGAGUGGUUAUCAGCAAUUUUAACCAACAAAGGAAAAAGAUAAGUGGAAAAGACCUAUUUUUGACUGAGCAACAGAAGAAGUACUAUAAUGCCCUAAAAAAACUUGGAUCCAAGAAACCUCAAAAACCCAUCCCAAGACCAUCGAACAUGUUCCAAGGAUUCCUGUUUGACAUAGUAUCUCACCAAGCAUUUGACAUUACUGUUGUGAUUCUCAUCUGUCUAAACAUGGUCUUUAUGAUGGCAGAAAACAACCAGAAAGAUGUCAAGAAUGUUCUUAAUAACAUCAACCUUUUUUUUGUGGUGGUAUUUACUGGGGAAUGUGUCAUAAAAAUACUAGCCCUGAGACAUUACUUCUUCACCAGUGGCUGGAACAUAUUUGAUUUAGCUGUUGUGGUCCUUUCACUACUUAGUAUUGGACUUGAAAGCUUCCGAACUUCCCUCUCUCCUACACUGCUGAGAAUUUUUCGUUUGGCACGAAUCGGCCGAAUCCUGAGAUUAAUUAGGAAAGCCAGAGGAAUCCGAACUCUCCUUUUUGCUUUACUGAUGUCUCUUCCUGCCCUCUUCAACAUUGGGCUUCUGCUCUUCCUGGUCAUGUUCAUUUAUGCGAUUGUAGGCAUGACCAACUUUGCCUGUGUUGGCUGGGAAGGUGGGAUAGAUAACCUCUUCAACUUUCAAACCUUUGAUAGUAGCAUUCUCUGUCUCUUCCAAAUUACGACAUCAGCUGGCUGGGAUGGUCUUUUGCUCCCUCUGUUAAAAGGAUCUAAUUCGUGUGCUCCCAACUUAAAUUUAACAGAUGAACAGAGAAAUAAUUGCACAAAUAAGGGGGUUGGCAUUUUGUAUUUUGUAAGCUAUGUCAUUAUAUCAUUUCUCAUUGUUGUAAAUAUGUACAUAGCUGUCAUUUUAGAGAACUUCAGCGUUGCCACUGAAGAAAGCGCCGAUCCUCUUUGUGAGGAUGACUUUGACAUGUUCUAUGAGACCUGGGGAAAAUUUGAUCCUCAGGCAACCCAGUUUAUUGAAUAUUCUGCUCUUUCAGACUUUGCAGAUGCUCUGGCAGAGCCCUUACGUAUUCCAAAGCCUAAUAAAAUUGAGCUCAUAUCCAUGGACCUCCCUAUGGUUAGUGGAGAUAAGAUCCACUGCUUGGAUAUCUUGCUCGCUCUCACUAAGAGGGUCUUGGGAGGAUAUGGAGAUUUUGGUGGUCUCGAGUUACACAUGGAAGAAAAAUUUAUGGCUGCCAAUCCAUCUAAAGUUUCUUACAAGCCAGUUACUACCACCCUGAAAAGAAAACAAGAGGAGGUGUCAGCCCUUAUUAUUCAAAAGGCCUUCAGGAAGUACUUGGUGCAGCGUUCUUUUAAAACUAAGUCUUUGUUGUACCGUCACAAGCGUUACAGCAGUUCUGUCUUGGAAGAAGAAAGUCUUGCACUGAUGCUGAAUGAAAAUCAUGGUAGGAAGCUAGAUAAGUCACGGACCACAUCUUCCAUAUCACUCCCUUUAUUUUAUGAUGGUUUUGCUGAAACAGAUAGUAAUAAUGAGAACACAUAA